GAGAGCGUCGGGGCGGUGGAGCCGGAGGCGGCCGGCGCGGUGAGCGGGCCGGCUGCGCGCGGCGAGAGCGGUAGCAGGUGCAGCCGCGGCCGGAGGGGCUCCCGGGGCUGUGUGACCGCGGGUUACGCGUCUGUCGGCUUGCUCAGGGCGGCGUGCAGGCGAUGGAGCGCGCCGCAGAGCCGUGGGGCUCGGAUCUCCGCGGGCGGGAGCAGAGGGAGCCGCUGAGAGGCGCCCGUGCAGGUCUAGGAAGUGAGAAUGUGGAGAUUUCUCAGCCAAGUGAAUUUCAGCAUACCCCAAAGGACAAGGAUGAGUUCAAGGAAGAGGAAGAUCUGGCUCCAGGUCAUGAAGUAAAAAGUGAUUCUCUCAAGCCUGAAGGCAUCCAGACCUGGGAUGAUUUAUGGGUCCAGCGAGCAGGGCUAGCAAAGUCCCAGCCUCGAGACCGAGGCCCUUCAGGUCGGGUCCUGGGAGAGCCUCGCUGGAGCCAGGCUAGUACCGAUCGGACUGCAGUGUGCGGUGAGUGUGGCAAGAGCUUCCGACAGAUGUCGGACCUGGUGAAGCACCAGCGGACUCACACAGGGGAGAAGCCCUACAAAUGUGGGGUUUGUGGCAAGGGCUUUGGGGAUAGCUCGGCCCGCAUCAAACACCAGCGAACUCACAGUGGUGAGAAGCCCUACAGAGCCCGGCCACCAGCCCAGGGCCCCCCAAAGAUUCCUCGACCCCGGAUCCCUGCUGGUGAACGCCCCACUAUCUGCGGCGAAUGUGGCAAGAGCUUUCGACAGAGUUCUGACCUGGUGAAGCACCAGCGUACACACACUGGUGAGAAGCCCUACAAAUGUGGCAUCUGUGGCAAGGGCUUUGGUGACAGUUCUGCCCGAAUAAAGCACCAGCGGACACACCGAGGGGAGCAGGCCCCCCGGCCAGUGGUGCCCCGCAGGCAGCCGUCUCGGGCAGCCACUGCAGCAGUACAGGGACCCAAGGCCCAGGACAAGCCCUAUAUUUGCACUGACUGUGGCAAAAGGUUUGUGCUCAGCUGUAGCCUCCUGAGCCACCAGCGCAGUCACCUAGGGCCCAAGCCCUUUGGCUGCGAUGUGUGUGGAAAGGAGUUCGCCCGGGGCUCUGACCUGGUGAAGCACCUGCGGGUGCACACAGGGGAGAAGCCCUACCUGUGCCCCGAGUGUGGCAAGGGCUUUGCUGACAGCUCUGCCAGGGUCAAGCACCUCCGUACCCACAGCGGUGAGCGGCCACAUGCCUGCCCCGAGUGUGACCGCACCUUCAGCCUCAGCUCCACUCUCCUCCGCCACCGGCUCACACAUGUGCAGCCCCAGGCCUUCGGCUUCCCCAGCCACCCUGUAGUCCCCCUCAUGCCCAGCCCGCCUCCACCUCCUCUUGUCAGCAGCCCGCCACUGACUCCCCGAAGUCCUUCACACUCAGGUGAGGGGCCUUUUGGCUUACCCGGCUUGGAGCUAGAACCAGGGGGCCCACAGGCUGGCGAGCCACCCCCACCGCUGACGGUGGGUGAUAAGCCCCACAAGUGUCCCGAGUGUGGCAAGGCCUUCCGCCGAAGCUCUGACCUGGUAAAACACCACCGAGUGCACACAGGGGAGAAACCCUACCUCUGCCCUGAGUGCGGCAAGGGCUUUGCUGACAGCUCAGCACGAGUGAAGCACCUGCGCACACACCGAGGUGAACGCGCUCGGCCUCUGCCACCAUCCACUCUCCUGAGACCGCAUAACCCCCCUGGCCCAGCAUCCGUGGCCCCUCGACCCGUAGCCCAUGCCCAGCCCUCUGGACCCAGCCAGACCCAUGUGUGUGGCUUCUGUGGGAAGGAGUUUCCUCGGAGCUCAGAUCUGGUCAAACAUAGGCGCACGCACACUGGGGAGAAGCCGUACAAGUGUGCAGAGUGUGGCAAGGGUUUUGGUGACAGCUCUGCCCGUAUCAAGCACCAGCGUGGGCACCUGGUCCUGAGGCCCUUUGGUAUAGGGGAUGGUCGGGCAAAGCCUCUCAAGGAAGAGCCACCAGCUGGACUGGAAUGAUGGCUUCAGGGAGGGUGGAGGCCCAGGAGACCAAAGGAAGGUCUGCUGCCAAAGUAAAGAAAGGGUGAGGGAGGCGGUGCGGGGAGGAAGAGGGGAACAAACGGGCGGAGCCAGUAGAUAGGAACAGACGAGACCGGAAUCUGGCCACUCAGGAAACCAUCCUGGCUAGGUCUGAGCACCUUGCCGGUGUGGACUGAAACCUCCAGCUUUUAAACACUGCCUGGCACACAGUAGAUACUCCAUAAAUAGUUGCUGAAGAUAGAAACUGACCUUAGCCUGAGGACCCUUAAGACUCGAUUCCUUCUGCCUCUAUUAGGAAUUGAGGUAGAAUGGCUCACACCUGUAAUCCCAGCUACUCGGGGCUGAGGCAGGAAUAUAGUAGGCCAGCCUGGGCAAUGUAAGGGAAGCCCUGUCUCGGGGCUGGGUAUGGCUCAAUAUUGUCUGGGUUCAAUUCUUAGUACCAAGAACAAAAAACUUUCCAACAUUGCCCCGGAGACCAGGCUUUGCCCUGAGAGGUACAGCAGUGGGCUUUUGUGGAAUUUAAGGCAUUGGUAUGAGGAAGGAGCAUCUGAGGUCAUCGUGUUGGGGAAAAUAUAGUGGACGGACCCACUCCUGAGCUUCAUCCACAGGAGAAACCUCUCAGCCAGGAAGAGCCGGCCCUCACACAGAGGCCACACCUGUGUGCCCUUGAGAGCCCCAACCCACCCUGACAUCUGUUCACUGGCAGAAUAGAGACAGCAGGAGGAACGCUGGUGACACUGUCUAGAUGCCACACCUAGGCGCUGCUGGAUAUUGGCAGUGACCCACUGCAUAGGUGAGUGCAGGGCUAGAAGAGGCCAGGGAAGCUCCAAGGCCAGACGGCUGUGUGUCUCCUUGCUAAUAAACUAUUUCUUGUUUGAGG